AUCCCCAAACAUUACCUUCUCCGUUAUAAAACCCAUUUGGUUUCACUCCUUUCUCAACUCACACUCUCUCUUCAAUCCUUCUAGUUAAGAAGACUUGGAUAAGAAAUGGCCACGUCAGCAAUCCAGCAAUCCUCCUUCGCUGGCCAAACGGCCCUCAAGCCCUCCAACGAUCUCCUCCGCAAGGUCGGUGUCUCCGGCGGCGGCCGCGUCACCAUGCGCCGCACCGUCAAGUCCACUCCUCAGAGCAUCUGGUACGGACCAGACCGUCCCAAGUAUUUGGGACCGUUCUCCGAGAACACACCAUCCUACCUAACUGGAGAAUACCCCGGAGACUACGGCUGGGACACCGCCGGGCUCUCCGCUGACCCAGAGACAUUCGCUAAGAACCGUGAGCUCGAAGUAAUCCACAGCAGAUGGGCAAUGCUGGGAGCUCUAGGCUGCACAUUCCCCGAGAUUCUCUCCAAGAACGGAGUCAAAUUCGGAGAAGCCGUGUGGUUCAAGGCAGGAUCCCAGAUCUUCUCAGAAGGAGGCCUCGAUUACCUCGGAAACCCUAACUUGAUCCACGCGCAAAGCAUCCUAGCCAUCUGGGCUUGUCAAGUUGUUCUCAUGGGCUUCAUCGAAGGGUACAGAAUCGGAGGUGGUCCUCUCGGAGAAGGUCUUGACCCGCUUUACCCCGGAGGUGCGUUCGACCCGUUGAAUCUGGCGGAGGACCCAGAGGCCUUCGCUGAGUUGAAGGUUAAGGAGCUCAAGAACGGACGUCUUGCCAUGUUCUCGAUGUUUGGAUUCUUUGUUCAAGCCAUUGUUACUGGUAAAGGUCCCAUCGAGAACUUGUUUGAUCACUUGGCAGAUCCUGUGGCUAACAACGCCUGGUCUUACGCUACCAACUUUGUCCCUGGAAAGUGAUUAAUUAUCGUAUGGAUUUGCUUCACCGUCUUAUCUACUUUGUAAAACCCAUUAAUGUAUUGUUCGUGUUUAUGUACUUAGUGACUGGCUCUUUUCA